AUGUCCUCCCUCAAGCAGUUCAUUCGCAAUGUCCGCGCCGCCAAGACAAUCGCCGACGAGCGCGCAGUGGUACAGAAGGAGAGCGCCGCCAUCAGAGCCAGCUUCAGAGAAGAAAGCAACAAUUCAGACGUGCGACGGAACAAUGUUGCCAAACUGCUAUACCUUUUUACUCUCGGCGAAAGGACACAUUUCGGGCAGAUAGAAUGUCUGAAGCUACUGGCCUCACCGCGCUUCGCAGACAAGCGGUUGGGCUACUUGGGCACGAUGUUACUGCUUGAUGAGAACCAGGAAGUGCUUACGCUGGUCACGAACUCGUUGAAGAAUGAUUUGAAUCACAACAACCAGUAUGUGGUGGGACUGGCACUAUGUACCCUUGGCAAUAUUGCAUCUGUUGAGAUGUCGAGAGAUCUGUUUCCGGAGGUGGAGACCAUAUUGGCCAGCAGCAAUCCAUAUAUCAGGCGCAAGGCAGCAUUGUGCGCAAUGCGCAUAUGUCGGAAAGUGCCGGACUUGCAGGAGCAUUUUAUUGACAAGGCGAAGUUACUGUUGAACGAUCGGAACCAUGGUGUCCUGCUUAGCGGCCUGACACUCGUCGUCAGCAUGUGUGAGGCAGAUGAGGAGGAAGGUGGAGAGCAGGGGAUCGUGGAGAUGUUCAGGCCUUUGACAGGUAGCUUGGUGAAGGUGCUGAAGGGUCUGUCACAGUCUGGAUACGCACCGGAGCACGAUGUCACUGGCAUCACGGAUCCUUUCUUGCAAGUCAAGAUCUUGCGACUACUAAGAGUGCUUGGCAGGGGUGAUGUGCAGGUCAGCGAGCAGAUCAACGACAUUCUGGCACAGGUAGCGACGAACACCGAAUCGUCGAAGAAUGUUGGUAACUCGAUCUUGUACGAGGCCGUGCUCACCAUUCUGGACAUCGAAGCCGACUCUGGUUUGCGAGUACUGGGUGUCAAUAUACUUGGCAAGUUUCUCACUAACAAAGACAACAAUAUCCGAUACGUUGCUCUGAAUACCCUUCUGAAAGUCGUCGCCAUUGAGCCGAACGCCGUUCAGCGACACCGGAACACGAUCCUAGACUGCUUGCGAGACCCAGACAUCAGUAUUCGGAGGCGCGCGCUUGACCUCAGCUUUACCUUGAUCAAUGAGUCAAACGUACGCGUGCUCAUCCGAGAGCUACUUGCCUUCCUCGAGGUUGCCGAUACGGAAUUCAAGUCCAUCAUGACCACACAAAUUGGCAUUGCUGCUGAUCAGUAUGCUCCAAACAAAAGAUGGCACGCCGACACUAUGCUCCGAGUACUGAAGCUGGCCGGCAAUUAUGUCAAGGAGCAGAUCUUGUCGUCUUUCGUGCGACUCAUUGCGACCACUCCAGAACUUCAAACAUACUGUGCACAAAAGCUAUACGCAUCACUACGAGACGACAUUAGCCAGGAAGGCCUCAACCUCGCAGGUGCGUGGGUGAUUGGUGAGUAUGGCGAUGCUCUGAUCCGUGGUGGCUCAUAUGAAGAAGAGAAUCUGGUGAAGGAAGUGAGGGAAAGCGAGAUCGUUGAUCUUUUCACCGCCAUUCUCAACUCCAGCUACUCUGGCCAAAUCGUGACGGAGUAUAUUAUUACUGCGACUAUCAAACUUACGACUCGAAUGCAAGAUGCCGCGCAAGUCGAUAGAUUACGAAGACUGCUUCUGAACAGACAGACUGAUCUGGACGUUGAGGUGCAGCAGCGAUCGGUCGAGUAUGGCAAUUUGUUCGGAUAUGAUGAGGUACGGCGUGGUGUACUAGAGCGCAUGCCACCUCCUGAGAUCAGAGAAGAGCAUCGUGUACUUGGCGAGGCGUCGAAGAAGCGGCACAGCAAGUUACCAGCUGCUAAGAAGAAGGCUAGUCAGAUCACCGAGAACGACCUUCUGGACCUGAUGGGCGGUGACUCGACUAUGCCUGCUUCGGAGAGCAGCGCCAUCAUCAACGGAAACCAACACAACGCCAGCGCAGAUUUAUUGGCAGAUAUACUCGGCGGCGACAAUACAAUGUCUUCGCCCGUUGAGCAAUCGAGUAGUCAACUCUCGAAUGGCCAAGCGCGGCCUCAAGGCAAUAUGAACUCGAUAAUGGACCUCUUCGACUCCCAACCCUCCGGUAACGGCGUAUCCGCAUCAGCGGCACCAUCAAACGACAUCCUCAGUGGCUUCGGCUCUCCAGCUCCUGCACCUCAGCAAACUCAGCAAUCACAAGGAACAUCGCAUACAGCAUAUAAUAAGAACGACCUCUUCCUCAUAUUCACCGUGCAACGAAGUCCACAAGCUGUACAAGUUCUCGCGCGUUUUAAGAACCAAUCAGCUUUCGAGUCCUUCAGUGCUGUCAAUCUGCAGGCUGCCGUGCCCAAAACGCAGAAGUUGCAGCUGCAGGCGAUUUCUUCUGCGGAGCUUGAAGCGGGUGGGGAUGCGACGCAGCAGAUGAGGGUUACAGGUGUCAAUGGCCCUCCCCCGCCACGAUUGCGCUUGCGACUCAAGGUCACAUAUGCGAAAGGUGGUACGGCGCCGACAACAGAGCAGGUCGACUGGUCGGAGCCGACUUGA